CACAUGUUCCUGUCUGCUUCCCUGUGCACACCAACAUGGCUCUGCAGAGGUUUGGGUUGUUUGUGUGUAACGUCACCUUGUUUGUGUUGUUGUUGUCUGUGCUUGUUGAUGGAGAGGGACAGUUUAAAGGCUUCAGGAGGUUCAGUCGGGAGCAGGAAACCAACCAGAGAGCUGUGUUUGAGCAGCAGUGGUUCACUCAGAAACUGGAUCACUUCAAUGGAGCAGACACCAGAGAGUGGAAGCAGAGGUACUUUGUAAAUGAAGCCUUCUACAGACCAGGCGGUCCAGUGUUCCUGAUGAUAGGAGGAGAGGGUCCGGCCAAUCCAGCCUGGAUGCAGUCCGGCACCUGGCUCACCUAUGCUGAGAAACUGGGAGCUCUUUGCUUGAUGCUGGAGCAUCGCUUCUACGGAGAGAGUCACCCAACCAUUGACCUCAGCACAGACAACCUGCGUUUCCUCAGCAGCCGUCAGGCGCUGGCAGACCUGGCACACUUCCGCACUGUGAUGGCGCAGGCUCGAGGGCUGAUCAACAGGAAGUGGGUCGCGUUCGGUGGGUCGUACCCGGGGUCUCUUGCUGCUUGGUUCAGGCUGAAGUAUCCUCACCUGGUCCAUGCCUCUGUGGCCACGAGUGCACCGGUUUAUGCUACUGUUAACUUCCCAGAGUACUUGGAGGUUGUGUGGCGUUCGCUGGCCUCAGAGAACGCAGAGUGCCCACUGAUGGUAAAGAAGGCUUCAGAUACCCUCGUGGAGCUCCUGAAGGACCCCAAGACCUACGACAACAUCACCAAAGACUUCAACUUGUGUUCCAAACUGCAGAUCCAGACAGAGAUGGACUCGGCCUACUUCCUGGAAAUGCUGGCUGGCAACUUCAUGGAUGUGGUGCAGUACAAUGAAGACAACAGGGGGUUUGAGGGUGUGAUAGGCACCAACAUCACCAUCAAGGUGCUGUGUGGCAUAAUGGGCGACACCUCCCUCGGAGAUCCUUAUGCCCGCUAUGUUGCUGUGGCUCGCCUGAUGAUGGACACCUUCUUUAUCAAAUGCCUGGAUGCCAGCUACAGUAACUGCCUCAGAGACAUGACUAACACAUCUUGGGUUGGGCCGGCUGCAGGAGGAGGGAGACAGUGGGUCUACCAGACCUGCACUGAAUUUGGAUUCUAUCAGAGCACCGAUUCGCCCAACCAGCCAUUCACUGGCUUCCCUCUUGUGUAUCACGUGAAACAGUGUGCAGACUUCUACAACAUCAGCGCUGAGCAGCUGGCAGAGGCCGUAGCCCAAACCAAUGAGUAUUACGGUGCCUAUGACAUCCGCUCCUCCAGAAUAAUUCUUCCCAACGGGUCCAUAGACCCCUGGCACGCCUUGGGAAUCACCCAGGACAUCUCUCCUGAGCUCCCUGCUGUUUUCAUCAAAGGAACAGCCCACUGUGCCAACAUGUACCCUGCCAGGAGCGAGGACCUCCCCCAGCUGGCUCUGGCCCGUGACCACAUCUUCUUAAUGCUCCAGAAGUGGCUGAGCCAGUGACUGACAGCCGAACAGGCCAAUCGACGGCUUUGCAAAGCAAACUAAUUACUCUUUUGUUCAGAUUAUUGACAUUGGAGUGAGACUGCUUAUUUUACUGCCACAUUUAUGACUCCUUAAAAAGGCACUUUACACAAGCAUCAGUAAGUACAAAGUUCAGGUAUUUUAAAUGAGUGAGAUGACGAAUAAAAAAUACUUUUUUUAAGACA